AAUAACAAAUAACACGAAUUUGACGGAUCCCUGAGUUGUGAACAAAUAAGGAUUUUUGUAUGGGUCAUCCUAUACCUGAAGUACAUCCUAAAAUCUACGUAAAAGCAAAGACUGGGAACCGUCCAAGAUGCCACAAUCAGGGGAUUUCAGAGCAACAUUACUAGAUAUUGAUGCUCAUUUGGAUUCUAAUGACCUGGAACUUCUCAAGUUUCUUUGUAAAGAUAUAGUUCCAUUCAGUGUUCUUGAUAAAUGCAGGAGGAGUCUGGAUGUAUUUGUUAAUUUAGAACAAAAAGGGAAACUAAAAGAGGAAGACUCCAUAUUUUUACAAGAAUGUUUCCACUAUAUGCAAAGAAAAGAUUUAAUAAGAAAACUGGGUGGAGAUCCACAAAGGCUUGAGAAGAAGAUAAAAGCUGAUGGACCUAGUCAGCUAACAGAAUUUAGGAUUUUACUUUUUGAAAUAUCUGAGGACUGUGGCAAAGAUGAAUUUGAGGCCAUGAAAUUUUAUUCACGGACAACACUGCAGAUGACCAAGAAAAUGCUGAAUAAUGUGACAACAUGUUUAAGUUUGUUCAAUGUUCUUGAGAAAGAGGAGCUGUUAACACCAAUUCAAGUCAAAACAAUGGAGCAACUCAUUGAAGCAACCGGAGAUGAAGAAUUAUUGGACCUUCUCUACAAAUACAAAAACAAAAAUUUAGUUGCCUGUCCAUCUGACGAAGUACCAGGGAUGAAACUUAAUUCACACAUAAGCAACCACCCAGACACCACCCCUGUGGUGCCACAAGAACACCAGGAACCACCACAUAACCUUACUGCUCUGUCAGAGGGACCUGGUUUACAAAUGGCUGCCUAUCCUUCUCUUACUUCCAUGAACCCUCCUGCACAAGAUGCCAUGGAUACAUUGUUGUCAAGGCAACAGUCAGCUGCUCAAUCACCCCAGGAAGACAAUGAAGCAUUGGAGAGUUUCAGUUAUUACAAAAUGACAUCAAAGCCCAGAGGUUAUUGUAUAAUUAUCAAUAAUAAAAUCUUCCAUGGACAGUCAGAUCUGAGAGAGAGAGCAGGGACGGACAUAGAUGAAGAGAAACUUGAAGAAACUUUUGGAACCUUCCUAGAUUUUAACGUUAAGAUAUUCAGGAAUUGCACUUGUGUUCAAAUCAGGGAAGUCUGCCAGAAAUAUUCAAGAAAAGACCACAGCCAAUAUGACAGCAUAGUUGUGUGCAUUCUCUCCCAUGGAACAACAGGAGCCGUGUAUGGUUCAGACUGCCAAAGUGUUCCGAUCCGAGAUAUAACCUCAUAUUUUACUGCCUCCAGGUGCCCUACUCUGGCUGAUAAACCAAAGCUUUUCUUUUUUCAAGCAUGUCAAGGACUUGUUCACCAGUCAGGUUUACAUAACACAAGAACCACAAGAAUUGUAAAUCCAGGCAUACAGACAGACACACAGUAUGAACACCCGAGGUCUGAGGAACCUCCAGAAGAGGAGAGGUCUGCCCCUCCCCGCAGUGUGAUUCCUGAUGAGUCUGACUUCCUGUUGGGAUAUGCCACAGUCCCAGGUUAUGUGUCCUACAGAAGCAAGUCUACGGGAUCCUUCUACAUCAACACACUUGUAGAGAAAUUGAAGAAACAUGCUCUUGGUCAAAGGAGUUGUGAUCUGAUGUCCAUUUUGACUGAAGUCAAUAAUGCAGUAAGUGAUCUCCAUUACAGUGAUGAUCAAGGAGGGAUGUAUAAGCAGGUCCCAGCACCCCAGUUUACCCUGCGCAGGAAAGUCCACUUUGAUAAAUGUUAGAUACAAGUACAGCUGUAUUUACAAUUGUUUGUAUGUAUGCAAAUGUGUUUGGUCCUGGUACCUUUAUAUUCACAGUGGAAGAACUGUGUUGGUGGUGCAGGGGAAUAUUUUGUGAAACAUUUGGAUGAUUGAUUUUUGAAAGGCUGUGAGAAAAACUUUUAUAUUAUGUAUAUUAAUUUAUAUUAUUAUUAGUUUUAAAUAUUUUGUUAUUGAAAAAGUUUAUUUUGGUAGAGAAUAAUAAUGUCAU